AUGUUUCAGUCAUCGAAACCCUACUCGGCGGUGACAGUGCAGAUAGAAGUCCUGACAAGCGAACAAUAUGAAGUGGAAGACUCCAGCGGUAUCGUCGACCUGGUGGAGGUCGUUCGCAUCCAAGCCAGCGGUCCCACGGAAGCCAGUCGGGCACUGCGCAAGAAGCUGAAAUAUGGAAAUCUCCACCGACAGCUGCGGGCGCUGACCAUCCUCGAUUUUCUCAUCCAAAAUGCCGGUGAACGUUUCCUUCGGGAAUUCGCCGACGAGCCCCUCCUGGAACGCCUUCGCAUCGCGGGAACAGACCCAGUCUCCGACCCCUUGGUCAAACAAAAAUGCAAAGUGCUCUUCGGUCAGUGGGCCGUGACAUACAAGGAUACACCGGGGAUGUCCAAGGUCACCGCGCUCUACAAGCAGCUACCGAAGCGGAAACAGCCCGCCACGCAGGCCAAAGCCAAGGUUCUUCGCGAAGGCGCUAACAACCCUAAAGAGGCACCAAUGGGCCACACCGUCUCCGUCUCUGCGGGUAAUGGACCGUCGACGACGCUCAGCAGCCCGAAGCAGAAGAAAUCGAAGGACAAGAAAGAGAAGAAGCUGUCGAUUGUCAGCAGAAGCUUCAACCUUGAGCGUGAACGGCCGGAGAUUCUACAGACACUAGCUUCGGCAUCCGUUGCAAGUACUAACCUGCUCAAUGCGCUUAAGCUGGUAAACCGCGAGACGACCCGUGUAAGCGAGGAUGCUGAAUGCAUUAGUCGAUUCAAUAUCUGCAAGAAGCUCCGACACCAAAUCUUGCGGUAUAUCCAGCACAUCGAGAGCGAGGAGUUCCUGGGUGGUCUGAUCCAUGCCAAUGAAGAACUGGUCACGGCAUUAAUGGCCUUUGAGGUGUUGGAUAAGAGUGUCGAUUAUGACAGUGACAGUGACGACGAUGUUCUCUCUGGUAACUGGAGGUCGAGAGCGGAAAUCGAGGAGGAGAUGGGACAAGGCUUUAACGGACUUAGCAUCAAUCCACCCAAGCCCCCACGGCCAAAUCUCCCUCUCGCCUCGUCUUCUCAGCACACCCGACAGAUAUUCGACAGUGAGAGUGAUGAGUCUUCGUCUGAGGAGGAAGACGACGAAGACAAUCCAUUUGGAAACCACAAUGCCAUCAAGACACCUGGUAUUGAGAAGAGUGGUUACGCAUGGUAA